UCGUCAUGGAGGUGGAUACAGGUACGCCGGUCUGCGUAAUCUCAAGGACGUAUAUGACAGGCACUGCCGUGGCUGGCCGAAGAUGGAACGUUCGAGACUGAAGUUGUCAUGCUACCUGGGGAAGCUGCAGGUGGCUGGUAAGCUUACGCUUGCCGUCAAGUAUUGUGACCAAGAGGUGACGGCGACACUGACAAUCCUAGACUGCGCAGGUCCAAGUUUAUGUGGACGCGACUUAAUACAAAAGUUGAACUGUCUUGGAACACCUGUUUUGAAGUUAACGGCGGCAACUGAAACCGUGCAGGACGUCGAGCUGAAAGAACUACUGUCAGAAUACGAGGAGUUGUUCAGUGACGGACUGGGUUUGCUCAAAGGCCCGCCAGCGCAUCUAUGGCUGAGUUUACAUGGAUGCGAUCGUAGCGAAUCGAAUCGAGAUUAACCGCCUAUGAUUGGGUAGACGAGGAAGGGAAAGGAGGAUCGCGGGCGCGUGACUGGUCACAUCUCGAUUCGAUGCGCCAUGGUCGCAUCCAUGGAAACGUAGCCUAUAUGUGAAAGAAGGAACUGCACCCAAGUUUUUCAAGGCCAGGCCUCUGCCAUACGCCAUGCGUGACAAAGUGUCUAAUGAACUGGACAGACUUGUCAAAAACGGUGUUAUCUCUGCGGUUCCUCACGCGGACUGGGCAACACCAAUUGUCCCUGUCCUAAAAAAGGAUGGGACCAUAAGAAUUUGCGGCGAUUUUAAGUUGACCGUGAACUCAGCCUGCUGCACCGAGCAAUAUCCACUCCCCGUAAUCGACGACCUGUUCGCGGCACUCAAUGGGCGCGACAGGUACAGUACGGUGGACCUUCGAGAUGCGUACAAUCAAGUGCCACUCGAUGACGAAUCCAAGAAGUUAACCGUCAUCAACACGCACCGUGGUCUCUUCUGUUUCAACCGGCUGCCAUUCGGUAUUUCUUCCGCACCCGCUAUCUUCCAGCGCAAGAUGGAGAGCCUGCUGCGAGGAAUACACGGCGUACAAGCGUAUCUCGAUGACGUCAUUGUCUCGGAGAGAAGAAAGGAAGACAGGAGCGUGCUCAAGCAGAUGCUGCAGCGUUUCAAGGAGAACGGAGUCAAGCUGCACAGAGGGAAGUGUAACUUCUGGCAGGACGAAGUCUGCUAUCUCGGGCACCGCAUCAACAAGGACGGCCUGCACCCUACGGAAAAGAACCUGGCGGCUAUAAUGGAAGCAAGGAGCCCGAAGAACGAAGUUGGAACUCACCGUAGCCCAGGGUUUGCUCUACUGGGGGCACCGGGUCGUCGUGCCACAGACAGCACGUGGAGCGAUGCUAAAAAUGCUGCACGAGACCCAUCAAGGAGCAUCGGCGAUGAAGGCGGUCGCGCGGACACUUCUUUGGUAGCCAGGGCUCGAUGGUGAGAUUGAACAUCUUUCCCGGAGUUGCAGUGCGUGUAUCCAGGCACGGCCGAUGCCGCCAUCAUAUGUUCCGGUGAAGUGGCCGGAGACGGGAGAAAAGUGGUCGCGAUUACACCUGGAUUUCGCGGGACCGGUGUCGGACGCCAUGAUAUUAAUUGCAGUGGACUCUCACUCAAAGUGGAUAGAGGUGGUGGCCAUGAAGAAUUCGACUGCCGAUUCUACAAUAGCAGCUGUGCGCGAAAUGUUCAGCCAUUUUGGGAUACCGAAGACUAUCGUGACAGACAACGGGACUCAAUUUACGGCAGAAUCGUUCUCUCGAUUCCUCGCGGGAAAUAACGUAGAGCAUCUACGCACUGCUCCAUACCACCCUCAGUCCAACGGGCUAGCAGAAAGAGCAGUCAGGACGAUUAAGGAUGGUCUAAAAAAGGUCACGCAUGGUAACCUUGCUACGCGUUUGGCUAAAAUAUUAUUCGCGUACCGCCGAACUCCUUUGGCUGACGGUUCUUCGCCAUCACAAUGACUGCUAGGCUACCAGAUCAGAUCUCGUCUAGACGCCUGCCUGCCGUAUCCUGGUGCUUCAUUGGUGCCUUUGCAGGAACCCCGUAGCAAGCUGUGGCCCGGAGAUCCAGUUUGGGCCCGGAACUUCGGAGAAGGAGAAAGGUGGUUGCCAGGGACGGUAACUACAACGACCGGAGCAAGGAUGGUCUCAGUGGACACACCGUCGGGAGAAGUCCGACGUCACAUUGACCAGAUCCGUUUUCGAGAGCCGCUGGCACUCAAAGUACCAGGGACAGCGGCAAAGACAACGCAAGGCGCUCGACAAGAUGCAGUACAAGAUACAACACCUGCAGAACCAACCAUCAGCACCACCCAGCCGCCAGAGUUGCGAAGGUCAACCAGAGAAAGGAAGCCUGUAGAUCCCUAUAGCCCCUAGGGGGAAGGAAUGCUGUAUCAGAGAUGUGUCAUGACUCUUGGAAACUUUGUAUCAUCCUCCAAUGUACUUAUCAUUCUUAUCACCACCCUUUCUGUUUUGCACCCGAAGCAUCGGCUGCCUAUAUUAUCACGUCCCUGACAAUAAACGUUGUUCACAAGUCACAACCCAGCAUGUCUCCGUUCGGAC